AUGAUUUUGUCACUACUCUGUUUUAUUGGAUUUGUAGCAGGAGCCCCAGCUGAAGAUUUAGUUGAUGGAUCUACAUGGGCUAAGUUCAAAAUCCCAUAUUCAGGAAAAAUGUAAGGAAUAAAACUUAAUUCUUAGGUAUUCUGGGUAUUUGCCAAUCGAUGACGCUGGUAAAAAGCAAUUCCAUUAUUUUGCUUUUCCAGCUUUUAGUUUAGCUGGACCAUUAUAGGCUACAUUUCCACUUGUAUUGUGGUUAAAUGGAGGUCCUGGAUGCUCAUCUCUAUAUGGAGCCAUGGUGGAAAAUGGACCAUUUACAGUAGAAUUGGGUACAAAUAAUUUCAAAUAAAAUCUAUUCACUUGGUUAAAUUUUGUAAGAAUGAAUGUAUAUUUUGAAAGGCCAAUAUGUUUUAUUUGGAAAGUCCAGCAGGAGUAGGAUUUUCUUUUGGAAAUACAACAACAGAUGACAAGAGCACAGCAAAAGAUAAUUUAAAGGCAGUGCUUGAAUUCUUUAAGAAAUUCCCAGAAUACAAAAGCAUUGACUUUUAUAUUGCUGGAGAAAGUUGGGCUGGAAUAUAUAUACCAACAUUAGCAAAUGAGAUUAUUGAUUAUAAUGCAAAAGCAGCAGCUGGUGAUAAGAUAAGAUUAAAGGGUUUGAUGAUUGGUAAUGGAUGUACUGAUCCAACAGAAUGCACAGAUUUAGGAUUCAAUUUCCCUAUUCAUUUUUACAAGUUCCUUCAUAAUCAUGGAUUCAUUAGUGAAAAAUUAAAUGAUAAGAUCGUAGCAAUGACAAGUAAAUGUCAUAUGAAAUCAAAUCCAGAAUGCAUGGAAAUCUAUGGAGAAGUAAUGGAAUAAAUUAAUGGAGAUGAGUAAUAUUAUUCAAGUUAUAAUUAUAGUGACUUCUAUUUUAAUCCAUAUAAUGUAUAUGGAAAAUGCUAUCAAUUACCAUUUUAUAAUGAAAAGGGACAAAUGGUGAAAGAGAAGAGAUUCAAAUUACAUCCAAUGAAAGAAGGAGUAGUUGGAUAGGUCAAUGAAUGUUCUGAAUCAGAAGCCUUAUUCCUCUAUCUCAAUAAUGCUGCUUUUAGAAAGGUUUUUUUAUCCAUAUAUAUAUAUUCUAGGCUUUACAUAUAAGAGAUGAUGCAGGAUAUUGGAAUGAUUGCUCUUAUAUUGAUUAUAAGAAGGAUCCAGGAGCCACUUAUUAUUUAUAUCCAAAACUACUCAAGAAUGGAAUUAGGAUCUUGAAAUUCAGUGGAGACGUUGAUGCAAUAGUACCAAUCACUGGUACUUUGUAUUGGAUUGAUAAAUUGUAGAAGGAAUUAAGUCUAUAAUAAUUGUUAUAUUAUAGAUUUACCAACUAUUGAAGAAUGGAGACCUUGGUAUAAACCAGGAGAAAAAGGAUCAGAACAAUAAAAUGCUGGUAAUGUAUGGGAAAUCGAUGGCUUAACCUUUGUUUCUGUAAGAAAUGCUGGACACAUGGUUCCAAUGGAUCAACCUGAAGCUGCUAGCAUAAUGGCUAGUCAUUUCAUAUUUGAGAUGCCUUUACCAUCUGAUAUACUGUGAU